AUGAAUGAUGCGACGACUUCCCUGCUCACGGAGCACUUCAGCUACACCCCGUUGUCGCUGAUUGAUGACAUGAUCAAUUCGAUCAACAAUCUGAUCUACCAGGCAAUUUCAAGUCUUGAGUCGGGUUUACUCGCAACUCCGCCUGAGCGCCUGGGUUUUUCGCACGCUGCCAAUGGCCCCACCAUUGCCGAUACAGAUGAUGAUGGCAACAUUGUGUACCCGGAGGCAAAGUUGGAGCUUGAGAAUGGGUUACACCAGUUAGAGACGCUUCUUGAGGCAAACGUGGAUAAGGCAUUCGAUAAAUUUGAGAUUUACGUGCUUCGAAAUAUCCUAACCGUGCCCGAGGACCUACUCUCUUAUGUGCGACUGAAGCAUUAUGAGGGACUCUCGUUCACCCAAUCGCCGGAUACACCCACUCCUGAAUCCAUUGCCGCCCAGCGAAAAAAGCUACUCGAGACGAGGAAACUGAACCGGUCGUUGAAAGAUGAAUGCGCGCGAAACGCAGCUGUGAUUUCUCAAUUGAACGGAAUCCUCUCGACAGUCAAGAAGACUACAGAUGAUGGUGGAGAUGAGAAAUCCAAGACAACGCCACCAGUUGAUUUAUCUUUCUUGACAUCAAGCCCUGCUGCGAAACAACUUCGCGUUGGCGUUGAUACAGGAUCAAACACCAAACACAUGCCCCUCACCACCAAUACAACCUUCAUCCUUACUCAACUACCUGCACUACAGGCAACGCUCCAGAGUCUACGGCCUAAGCUGGCCUCGUUACCAGGCUCUGUCACUGAGAUGGAAUUCAAGUCCAAGAGAGAUGAGCGGAAAGAAUACAUCGAAAGUCGGAUCAGAUUACAUCUCGAGCGGGCUGGUCAGCUUGCAUUAGGUGAUGACGGGAACCCCGUUGUUGCUGGUCGCCGCAUUGAUAUAUCUGAGGCCCAUGCACUAGAAAGUGUGGCCAAGAUGCUUGCGCUAAGAAAGUCUACAUAA